AUGGAGAGUGUUCCACAAUUUGAGGGUGGCGGGCCCAUGGUCCUUGUCCGAAACACCUUUUUGGACAUUGAGGAGAGGCCUGAGGCCUGUGACAUCGUCCGCUCUAAGACGGCGCCCCCCGGAAGUGCGGCUGCCUGGGACUUAGAUGACUCCGAUGAAGAGGAGGAAGAGGACGAGCAGCCCACUGCUGAUGCCGAGGCUUCAUCUCCGACGUCUCCUGAUGGAGAGGAGUUGGAGAAGGAAGAUGGAGCCCUCUGCAGAACUGUCACGCACGAAUGGUUGGAGGAACCCGUGCAAUGGGGAUGGGUACCUCAAGAUGCAGGCAACGUGCAGAUGGUUGGAGAGCAGGCAUCGGAAGCCACCGCUUCAGCAGGUCCCAGUCACCCCAUGCCGUCCUAUCAGGCACCCACACAGCCCAGUGAGCAGCUGCAAAUGCCGCAGCCGCAGAUGCCACAAAUUCAGCAGCUGCCUCCGCAGGGAGGACAGAUGCUUCAAGGGCAGAUACCGCAAGGGCAGCUGCCGCAAGGGCAGAUGCCGCAAGGGCAGAUGCCCAUGCAGAUGGUUUUGAUGCCGGUGGCGAUGGCGCCCAUGGGCCAAGGCGCUCCCUGCUCCGGGUACGCCGCCCCAGCUCCGGCGCCCGUCCCGGAGCUGCCAGUGCGGCAGCCAGACCGGGGAGCCAGGUGGCCAGCGGCAGCGCCGGUCCCUGCGGGGCCCAUGCCGCAGAACACGGUGACGGUGACGUCAGCCACUGUCCCAUCGCCAAUGCCGCAAGGACCCCCCACGGUUCCACAGCCGCAGACGCUCACCAGGGCCUUUAGUGUGAAAAGCGGUUUCUUCCGCGUGCACUGGACCGUGGAUGGUCGCAAGCUCCGUGGCAACGAGAAGCAGACGGUCUCUCCGCCCUUUGAGCUUUCCUUUGGCCCGAAGUUCCCCUCCGUGACGCCCCCUUGGGCUGCAACUAACCGUGGCGACGUCGACGGACGUGCGACGUGUGGAAGCGUCGCCGACGGUCAUGUGGCGGGUCAUGUCAUGGUUUGA